UUAAGGUUUGAAAGUGUGUGGAGGGGGAUGUGGACGUGAUCUCUGGUUGUGUUGCAAAAUAAUGAUUUUCUGUGCUAAGAGGCUGGGUGGAGACUGUAGGAUAAAAUUAUAAAAUUGGUCAUCCCCGUGGAUGAUUCAAUGCAGUUAGUUUCAGACGAUAUCUCCAGUUUCAACACUUCAACUUGUCGCUGGAUUCACUUCGACCGCUAAAACAUUAAACACAGCAGUUAGCUGAGUAUAAACCAUGGGAGAAUGGGGCUUUCUCUCCAACUUACUGGACAAAGUUCAGUCCCACUCCACCAGCAUUGGGAAAGUGUGGAUGACUGUGCUUCUAAUCUUCAGGAUCAUGGUUCUAGGAGCUGGAGUAGAUAAAGUGUGGGGGGAUGAACAGUCUGGCAUGGUGUGCAACAUCAAUACACCUGGAUGCAAGAAUGUGUGUUACGACCAAGCCUUUCCAAUUUCCCACACUCGUUUCUGGGUUCUUCAGGUCCUUUUCGUCUCCUUGCCCACUCUGGUGUACCUCGGCUACGUCCUAAACGUCAUCCACAAAGAAAACAAAAUGAGACAAAAGCUCCAAAACCAUGCUGAAAAGCAAGGGCUGAAGCUCCCCAAAUACACAGAUGACAAUGGGAAGCUUCGCUAUAAAGGAAACCUUUUGUGCGUCUACAUAAUGUGCAUUAUCAUGACCAUUUUAUUUGAAGCAGCUUUCAUUGUGGCCCAGUACUAUCUGUAUGGUUUCACAAUGGAAGCAAAGAUUUCAUGCUAUGGACCGCCAUGCCCUGGACAUACUGUAGAGUGCUUCAUGUCUCGUCCCACAGAAAAGACCAUCUUCAUCAUUUUCAUGCUGGUGGUGGCCUGUGUGUCUCUAGCAUUGAAUGUAGGGGAGAUAUUUUAUCUGAUUGGUCGGGCUACUGUGUUCAGAUCCCACAAAUAUCCACCAAUCAUUCGAGCUGAUGAACAGAAACCCUUCACCACUGAGACAUUUUGCUGAGAUCAGUCUAAAACCAUUUUGAGGUCAGUUUAGUGUAAAUAAAUCUUGAGCAGAAAAGCCAAAUUAACAUAAGUUACAAUGCUUAAGGCUAGUUCUGCGCUUUUAUUAGAACAUGAUAAAAUAAAUCUUUUUUUCCCUAUGUUUAAGGUUAAUCUGGGCCUGGGAAACAGGUUCUUGCUGUUAAGCCUGGUCUCAAGAGGAAUAUGUACAUUUGUGACCUAAAGACCAUUUCAGGAUUCAGUGUGCACGAAAUGUAUUUGGGCCUAACACAACCUAGACAGGGCAAAACAUUAACAAUUUGAGCGGAGAAUGUUACAAACAACUAGUUUAAUUUUUAAUCACCAGAGCCUUCACUUUAACCCAAACUUAAUGUACACCUCACCCUUAACCUAAAAUUAUCUGAUCCCUUAAUCUACACCUAAACUAAAUCUACUCCUAAACUUAAUGUACACCACAACCUUAACAUAAAAUGAACUGACUACUUAACCUACACCUAAACUUAACAUACUCCUUAACCUAAGCUUAACAUAACUUAAAUUUGAAAAUGAACCUAAUCUAAAUUUACCCUAAUCCUAAACAUAGUAACUGUUAAAAUUAUUAGACUUUUUAUGGAACCGUCAGCAAACAUUUUAGUUUUUUAAAAAAACUUUUUCCUAAAGCACAUUACAGGGUUCAAAUUCAAGGGCAUCCAAAACGUUUAUCAAAAUGCAGUGCAGAAUGUGAUUUAUUUUUUACCUUAGAUUUCCCACCAUUAAUUCCUUUUUAAAAACGCCAUAAAAAAAAAUUAUUAUGAUGGUAUCUAAUGCACUACUGCUGUUCCUAAUGAAGAGAACAGACAUCAUGAUUGUUAAUGUCUUUGUUUUUUUAUGUUUGUCUUAUUAUUUUCAUUGUCUGUAAAUUAGCAAUAAUUCACAGAAUCAGAUCAAAAUACACUAUACACACUUAUAUGUCAUGCCUUGUCUUUUCUAUUACAUAAGAUGAAUGUAGAUUUUUGAUAUUGUUAUUCCUGUCUGUGGGACUAUUUUACUAAAGUCAUACCAAUUAAUCAAUUAAUGUUUAUUGAAUUUUCAAAUGACAUGAUGCCACUGUCAAAUUACUUUUUUUAAUAAUGUAUCAUGAUGACAAAAUACACUAUUCUG